CCCUUUUUCCAUCUUCGGACAGUCAAGCCCACUUUUAAAGAGCAAGAUCGAGAGAGAGAGAGAGAGAGAGAGGUAUUUGAAUGCACAUUCGAGAUCGUACUUUGAUUUCUGUUCUUCGCUUCGAUCAUCGAUUCAAACAUUUCUCAGGUUCCCAUUGAAAUCUCACAAAUGGGUGAAGACACUGAAUGUUGUUCUACUCACCUCAUUGACGGGGAUGGUACCUUCAAUAUUGCCGGAAUUGAGAGUUUUAUGAAGGAUGUGAAAUUGGCUGAGUGUGGGCUUUCUUAUGCUGUAGUCUCCAUCAUGGGCCCACAAAGUAGCGGGAAGAGCACUCUAUUAAAUCAUUUGUUCAGGACCAAUUUUAGGGAGAUGGAUGCUUUUAAGGGAAGGUCUCAAACGACUAAAGGUAUUUGGAUGGCAAACUGUGCUGGUAUUGAACCUUGCACUCUUGUAAUGGAUUUGGAGGGUACAGAUGGAAGAGAACGAGGAGAGGAUGACACUGCAUUCGAGAAGCAGAGUGCCCUUUUUGCCCUUGCUGUUUCAGAUAUAGUGCUAAUUAAUAUGUGGUGUCAUGACAUUGGCCGUGAGCAGGCUGCAAAUAAACCUCUUUUGAAAACUGUCUUCCAGGUCAUGAUGCGAUUAUUUAGUCCACGUAAAACAACUUUAAUGUUUGUAAUACGUGAUAAAACGAGGACACCCUUGGAAAACUUAGAACCUGUUCUGAGAGAAGAUAUUCAGAAGAUUUGGGACUCCGUUCCUAAGCCAGAAGCUCACAAGGAAACUCCCUUAAGUGAAUUUUUUAAUGUUGAAGUUGUGGCUCUUUCUAGUUAUGAGGAGAAAGAAGAGCAAUUUAAAGAGCAGGUCAUUAGUUUAAGGCAGCGAUUUUACCAGUCUAUAGCACCUGGUGGGCUUGCUGGAGAUAGGCGGGGUGUAGUUCCUGCUUCAGGGUUUUCUUUUAGUGCACAACAGAUCUGGAAAGUUAUCAAGGAGAACAAGGACCUUGACCUUCCUGCCCACAAGGUUAUGGUGGCUACUGUACGCUGUGAAGAAAUUUCCAGUGAAAAGCUUUCAUCUUUUGUUUCAAAUGAGGAGUGGUGUCAAUUAGAUGAGGUCGUACAAAAUCAGCCAGUAUCAGGCUUUGGGAAGAAGCUUAGUUCUAUUCUUGCCACUUGUCUGUCAGAGUAUGACAUGGAGGCUACAUAUUUUGACGAAGGUGUUAGAUCUGCAAAGCGGCAGCAGUUAGAAGAGAAAUUGCUUCAACUUGUCCAACCUGCCUAUCAAUCUAUGUUGGGACACAUACGGUCAGGAACUCUAGAUAGAUUCAAAGAAGCAUUUGAUAAAGCUUUAAAUGGAGGAGAAAGAUUUUCAGUGGCUGCUCAUGACUGCAGCGAAUCUUUCAUGAUUCAAUUUGAUGAAGCAUGUGCAGAUGCCAUCAUUGAACAGGCCACCUGGGAUUCAUCUAAAGUGCGGGAUAAAUUUCGGCGUGAUAUAGAUGCUCAUGUUGAUACAGUUCGUGCUGCCAAGCUGUCUGAACUUACAACCCAGUAUGAGAAAAAAUUGAACGAGGCAUUAUUAGGACCUGUGGAUGCUCUUUUAGACGGAGCUGGUGAUGAUACCUGGCCAGCAAUAAGGAAACUUCUUCGCCGUGAGACAGAAUCAGCUGUCUUUGGAUUAUCUGCAGCACUUUCUUCUUUUGACAUGGAUGAACAAACCAAGGAUAAGAUGCUCAAUAGUUUGAAGGAUUUUGCAAGAGGAAUUAUCGAAUCGAAGGCAAAAGAAGAAGCUGGAAGAGUUCUUUUCCGUAUGAAGGACAGAUUUUCAACAAUAUUUAGCCAUGAUUCUGAUUCAAUGCCACGGAUCUGGAGUGGGAAGGAAGACAUUCGAGCAAUCACCAAAAUGGCUCGCUCCGCAUCUUUGAAGAUGCUUUCUGUUAUGGCUGCAAUUCGUUUGGAUGAUGAUACUGAUAAUAUUGAGAAGACACUAGUCGUUGCUUUGGUGGAUACCAGAAGUGGUGGUGCUGCCAAUAAGACCAUUACAUCAGCUGACCCCUUGGCCUCUAGCACUUGGGAAGAGGUUCCAUCAUCAAAAACUUUGAUCACGCCCGUCCAGUGCAAAGCUUUGUGGAGGCAAUUCAAGGCAGAGACAGAGUACAGUGUGACUCAAGCCAUUUCUGCUCAGGAAGCUAGCAAGCGCAAUAACAAUUGGUUGCCACCUCCAUGGGCAAUGGUUGCCUUGGUUGUCCUGGGGUUCAAUGAAUUUAUGACACUUUUAAGGAAUCCUUUGUAUCUAGGUCUAAUUUUUGUUGGUUUUCUGCUUGUAAAAGCCCUAUGGGUUCAGCUUGACAUCUCUGGUGAAUUCCGGAAUGGUGCUCUGCCUGGGCUUCUCUCCUUGUCUACCAAGUUCCUUCCCACUGUCAUGAACCUUCUGCGGAAACUAGCUGAGGAGGGAACGAAGACUGCAACAACUGAACCUCAGAGGAACCAUCCAUUGCCGCCAAAGACCUUUCAGAGUGGAGUCAACAACAAUGGUGAUUUGUCAUCCACUGCUUCGUCUGAGGUAACAUCGGCAGAAAACGGGACCGAAUACUCCGUCGACACAUGAAAAAGUGAAGUAAGCUGUUCACAGAGCAGUUUUUCUCCUGUUUGAUGAUGCUGCACACACGGUUCAACCGCUGAACUUUUAGUAGUAUGCGAUGAACAAGAUUUUGAAGGCAUUGAUUUUUGUGUAGGUGCCAUAUAUUAGGGCAGCGAUUCAGUUUGUUGUGAAAUGCCCCCACUAUAGGUUUCAGUUUUUCGUUUUUUUUGUUUUUUGGUUUGUGGGAUGAAUUACAAGGUUCUUUAUCCUACCUACCCUAUGGUGGUGUUUCUGGUUUGUUUUAAAUUUUGUAUGGUGAGAAGCAUAAUAUGUGUGUUCCAUUGUAUUUGGAAGAUAAUUAUUUUGGCAAUAGUGAGCCGCUUUGUAUUUUUCUGAGAAAUAAUGGGUAUUAUUCUUCAUUUCUGGGGCAAUACUUUGAACUAUAGCUUGUAAAGGCAAAUUUCCCUUCCAUCUGUAACCAAACUAAAAUUGCUAUGAAACUAUUGUCCUCUCACUCA